AUGUAUAAUUACAUGAAAUCAAACAAUCUACCAGUUGACCAGAAACAGAGAAAAUUAACUCAGUUAGCAUCAACACACAACCAAUAUCAACCAUUUUCUUCUUAUUAUCUUUGGUAUCUAAUAGACAGAUUUCAUUUUAUCAUUGAUGAUAUUCAAUCAAUUUUAACAUUUACUAAAAACACUUGUUUUAAUGAAUUUGCGAACGAAUUUAUGAAUGAAAGACAAAAGGCUGAAUUAGAAGGAAAUAAAGGAAAAAGUUUAUUUUGCAAGAUUUCACUUAAUGGAUCAUAUGGUUACGAUGCAAUGAAUACACAAAAUUACGCAAAGACUAAAAUAAUGAAUGCACAGAAGGCACGCGUUGCAUGUAUGUCAAAUAAGUUUAAAAACAUAAGAGAAAUAGGUGAAGAUACGUAUCAAGUGAUGCUUAAAGAUAGAUUUUAUAGAUGUGAUACAUGUUUACAAGAGGCAUUCUUCACUUUAGAUAACGCAAAAUACUGGUAUUUGGUUUUCAUUUAUGAUUUUAUGUAUAAAUGCAUGGAUGUUAAUCGUUUUCAUUUCAUUGAAGGUGAUACUGAUUCAUUAAAAUAUGAACAGAUUGACAAUAUCGAAUUUUUGGAAUUUUGGUUUAAAUAUCCUGAUGGAAAAAAGAUUGAAGUUAAAGAUAAAGCUGAUACUAUAACAAAAACAAUUACAAUGACCGAUCCGGAUAGUGGGGAACAAAAAGAAAUAAAACAAACGAUAGAAACUGGUGAAAGGUCAAUUAUUAUCGAUUAUGAUUCAAAGGAUUAUUAUUCGAUAAUGUUAAUGCUUGAAUAUUAA